AUGGAUUAUAUUUGGAUCUUCACUGGUCAUCUUCUUCAUAACCUGGCACUAAAGAAGACAGCUGUGCAGUCUUCAAACGGAGACAACAUCGGACUUGCUUUCAAGGCCGUCGAUGGCAAUAGAGAUGAGAACUAUCAGAAAUCGUCCUGCACACUUACUUUACCACAGUCUGAUCCGUGGUGGAGGGUAGACCUGGCAAGAGUGUAUACAAUUGGUGCUGUUGCGAUAACCAAUAUAGCAGGAUUUGAAAACAGGUUGAAUGGUGCAGAAAUCUGGAUUGGAAACUCGACAAACUUCAGUGACCCUGAGUGUGUGAGGUGUGCGGUCAUCUCUCACAUUCCCAGCGGACAGACGUUUUACUUUCCAUGUAGCUCUAUUGAGGGACGCUAUGUCACUGUGUUCCUCCCAGGAAGCGGGAAGGUCCUAAAUCUCUGCGAGGUUGAAGUGUACUACGGAUACCCAUUACCCAAUGUGGCACUCAAAGGAGAAGCUGCCCAGUCAUCUACACUCUCCUUUGCCACUGCGUCCAAAGCCAUCGAUGGCAGACGGAACUCGUUCUAUAGCAAUGGGUUCUGUAGCCACACGGCUGAAGACGAGACCAACCCCUGGUGGAGGGUGGACCUGCAGCGAAGCUUUACAAUCACUGCUGUAAAAGUCACCAACAGAGGAGACUGCUGUGCUGAAAGACUGGAUGGAGCUGAGAUCAGAAUAGGAAACUCACUGGAGAACAAUGGAAACAAUAAUCCCAGGUGUGCUUCCAUCUCACAUAUCAAUGCUGGUAAAACCUACACAUACCGGUGUGAUGGAGGCAGCAUGGAGGGUCGCUUUGUGAACGUGUUUCUUCCUGGACAGCAGAAGACUCUCACCCUGUGUGAAGUGGAGGUGUAUGCUGCCCCAGCAGUGGAGCCGCUUUCAAACGUGGCCUUAAGCAAGCCAACAGUACAGUCAUCGACUUCGUCACCAUAUCUGUCUUCCAAAGCUGUUGAUGGGUACAAAAAUGGAAACAUCUACGGUGCAGGCUUUACCCACACUUUAGAAGAAACAAAUCCCUGGUGGAGAGUAGACUUGUUAGCCGUGUAUAAAGUCAGUGCUGUCACCAUCAUCAACAGAGAGGACUGUUGUUCUCAAAGGAUUCUUGGGGCAGAGAUUCGGAUCGGGGACUCACUGGAUCAAAAUGGAAAUCAAAACCCGAGGUGUGGCAUUAUUGAAUCAUUGGCUGGUACACCAACAUACACAUUCCAUUGUCAUGAAAUGGAAGGUCGCUACAUCAAUGUGAUCAUACCAGCACUUCUGAGAGUUCUGACGCUGUGUGAAGUGCAAGUGUUUGCUUCUCUGCCUGAAGCUGUUACUCCUUCACCCACUCCUCCCACCCCUCCUCCGCCUGUGAGCCUGCAGUUUGGUGGCAGGAACGUGAUGGUGGUGGGAGAGAGGCUCUGCUGGUCCGAUGCUCUGAUGUACUGUAGACGUUAUUACUGGGACCUGCUCAGCCUUCACAGCCAACAGGAGCAAAGCGAGUUGGAGCAGCUGCUGGGCCUCGUUCCUUUCUCCCUCACAGACCACGUCUGGCUGGGACUGCGCAGGUACUGA